AUGAGUGUAGUGUCCCAAGCACCUCAACAUGCCCAAAGACAGGACGUGGUGACGACCGUUGGCCACGAAAAGGUCCUAGGCGUGGGUCCGACCAUGUUGCCAAGCCGCGACAGCAAGUCGGACCGUCCAAAACGGACAGGGUCAGUAGAGGCGGAGCACCCUGCUGAUCCAGCAACGUCAAGAGAAUAUGCAGGACUCUUGACGAAGAUUGCUCUUAACACACAGACUCUGUGUGUUGCUGCCCCUAGUGAUGAGGAGUCUCAUCAUUUUGAAGAUCGAAGUGACAAGUGGAAUGUCACUUCGCGCCCUAGUUGA